CUUCGCCGUGUUUUCUCGGCGCACUUCCGUUUUCCAUUGACAAUUUUCCCAGGAACCAAACAAGCCCACAAACAAGGAAAAAAGGGGAAAACCAGAGAACAGAAUAUCCGAUUCUUUGUACGAUUAUGGAAAUCUAACUAAGCUAAUGUCUCUGCAUGCUUCUCUUCUCGGCCGAUUCCAAUCUCUCCGAAGAUCGUAAUCCGAUUUCCUGUCCAAUUCGAACUGCAAUUUCCACAUGAAGAAGAAAUUCUUAGAAUUGGAUCUCGUCUACUCCAAAUCUCACCAUAGAAAUCCCAAAUUCUGGAUAUUCGAACCCUAAUUUUGCAGAAUCUCUCCUCCACCGCCAUGGAACUGCCUCAAUUGAGCUUGGCCGCCGCGGUGCCGCCUUUCGCCGCCGGAAACGGAAGGAAUCUCUCUCCUCCGCCGUCUCCCGAUGGCGGCGAAGAUUACGCCGCGUGGUACGGCAACAUCCAGUACCUGCUUAACAUAUCGGCGAUCGGCGCGUUCUUCUGCGUGUUCAUCUUCGUCUUCGUGAAGCUCCGGAGCGACCACAACCGCAUGCCCGGCCCCUCCGCUCUCGCCGCGAAGCUCCUCGCCGUCUGGCACGCCACCGGCCGGGAGAUCGCGCGCCACUGCGGCGCCGACGCCGCGCAGUUCCUCUUGAUCGAGGGCGGAAGCUGCGGGUUGCUCCUCUCCAUAGCUGUCCUUUCGAUACUGGUGAUGCUUCCGCUCAAUCUCUACGCGGGGAAAGCUCUGCUGAGCGAUGAAUUCUCGAAGACGACGAUAAUCCACAUCGAUAAAGGUUCGGCUUUGCUCUGGAUUCAUUUUCUUUUCGUUGUGGUUGUUGUUAUUAUGGUGCAUUUUGGAAUUUCCGCCAUUGAAGAACGGUCGAAGAUUACUAGAUUUAGAGAUGGAAAUGGGAAUUUGAGUGAUCCGACCGCGGAUUCCACCUCCAUUUUUACCGUAAUGGUGCAGGGGAUACCGAAAACCUUAGGCUCUGAUAGGACUUUGUUGCAAGAGUAUUUUCAGCAUAAGUAUCCUGGCAAGGUCUUUAGGGUUAUUUUGCCAAUGGAUUUAUGCGCAUUGGACGAUUUAGCCGCAGAAUUGGUAAGGGUUAGGGAUGAAAUUACAUGGUUAGUGGCUAGAAUGGACUCUCGGCUUUUGCCAGAAGAAGUUGAACAUGGAAAUGGAAGGGGUUGUUUGGAUAGUUUGCGGGGUCGAGUUCGUCAUCUAUGGAAGAAAGUGCAAAAUUUCUGGGAUCGGAUAAUGGCUAGCUUAGGUUACACCGACGAAGAGAGGCUAAGAAAAUUGCAGGAAUUGAGAGCUGAAUUGGAGACGGAACUGGCAGCUUACAAAGAAGGGUGCGCAUUGGGUGCUGGAGUUGCAUUCGUGGUGUUUAAGGACGUGUACACUACGAAUAAAGCAGUACAAGACUUUCGGAAUGACAGGAAGAGAAGGAUAGGGAAAUUCUUCUCUCUUGUGGAAUUGCGUUUGCAGAGGAACCAAUGGAAAGUUGAGAGGGCGCCUUUGGCGACUGACAUUUACUGGAAUCACUUGGGAUCAUCGAAGAUGUCUCUGAGAUUACGGAGGGUGAUAGUAAACACGUGCCUGCUGUUGAUGCUUCUGUUCUUUAGCUCUCCUCUCGCCGUUAUCAGUGCGGUGAAGAGUGCUGGUCGGAUUAUCAAUGCUGAAGCUAUGGACAACGCCCAGUUGUGGUUAGUUUGGGUGCAAAGCUCGAGUUGGCUUGGAAGCCUUAUCUUUCAGUUCCUGCCAAAUGUGAUGGUAUUUGUGAGCAUGUAUAUAGUGAUUCCUUCGGCUCUUUCCUAUCUAUCCAAGUUUGAAAGACAUCUUACGGUGUCUGGGGAGCAAAGAGCCGCGCUUUUGAAGAUGGUUUGUUUCUUCCUGGUGAAUCUAAUUCUCCUUAGGGGCCUAGUCGAGUCGUCGUUGGAGAGCACCAUCCUGCGAAUGGGUCGGUGCUAUUUGGAUGGAGAAGAUUGCAAGAGGAUUGAACAAUACAUGAGUGGCUCUUUCUUGUCAAGGUCGUGCCUCUCGUCUCUCGCAUUUCUGAUCACAAGUACUUUCUUGGGGAUAUCUUACGAUUUAUUGGCUCCAGUACCUUGGAUUAAGAGGAAGCUUCAGAAGUUUCGGAAGAACGACAUGCUUCAACUUGUCCCGGAACAAACAGAAGAGUACCAACUUGAAAAUCAGGAAACAGAUGGUCUGCAGAGACCCUUGGUGGCUGACAGCAGCUAUGAUUCUCCUAGGCUGGAUGAAAUGGAUUCUCAGGGCCAAGAUCUUUCCGUAUAUCCAAUCAACAGAACCUCAACCGCCCCAAAGCAGACAUUCGAUUUUGCGCAAUACUACGCAUUCAAUUUGACAAUAUUUGCCCUGACAUUGAUAUAUUCCUCGUUUGCUCCGCUUGUGGUUCCGGUUGGUGCAGUUUACUUCGGGUACAGAUACGUGGUCGAUAAGUACAACUUUCUGUUUGUCUAUAGAGUCCAAGGCUUUCCCGCCGGGAAUGACGGGAAGUUGAUGGAUACCGUGUUGUGCAUCAUGCGGUUUUGUGUCGAUCUGUUCCUGGUUUCGAUGCUCUUGUUCUUUUCGGUUCAAGGAGAUUCAACGAAGCUGCAAGCUAUAUUUACACUUGGAUUGCUAGUAAUGUACAAGCUUUUGCCUUCUCAUAAUGAUGGUUUUCAGCCAGCUCUUUUGGGUGGCAUGCAAACUGUUGACAGCAUCGUGGAUGGGCCUCUUGAUUAUGAGAUCUUUUCACAGCCUAAGUUUGACUGGGAUGUAUAUUAUUCAUGAUUUAUGCUUACUCUCCUCAAUGGCCUUAUUUAUCCCAAAACGAGAGAGAGAGAGAGAGAGAGAGAGAAAUUCUUUUACUGAUGUCUAUAUUUAGUUGCAUUACUUCUCUAUGAAGUUUUAUGCCCUCUUUACUCUUAUUUUUCUUACUCUACUUUCUCCUUUAUUUGGAUUCUACAGAAUUUUCUGUCAUUAUUAUAUGGCCAUGUUAAUUAAUUGCCAAA